UGCAAUGUGCAACUGUUAUGUUCUGCAAAAUGAGCAACGAUGUAUCAAAUUGAUGCAAAUUUAGAUGUUGAUACUUACAAUAAAGUUUUUAAUGUGUUUUACUCUUCGGUAUUUUCUAUCAGACUUGUACAAAUAAAGCCUUGUUCCAGGCUAUGCAUUUACCAGUCAACCAGAUCCUCCGCACUGCUCGUCCUUCUUCAGAAGACUGAGUGCUUGUUUGAAUGCUCCGGUUCUCAGAAGAGGCCACACAUCAGAAUCACUGGAGACCUUUGGAAAAUCCUAACACCAGCCACACCCACAACAGUUACAUCAGAUCUCUGCGGGGGGGACUCAGGUGCGCAUCAGGAGUUUUUCAAAGUCCCCCGACGAUUCUCAUGUGCAGCCAAAGUUGAGGACCAACGGUUUGAUGAGGAAAGCAAGCCAGGAGGCCACGGGCCCCGCCACCGCUGAGCUCCCUGCUCAAAGCACAAGGCCUGGAUCAGCAGCAGCAGCAUCAGCUUAGACAUGCAGACUCUCAGGCCCCAGCCCAGACUGACUGGAGAAGAAGCUGCAUCUUAAGACCCCAGGCGAUGCCUGUGUCCACAUUAAAGCGUUGAAGCUUGAGGAGCUUUGUCCAGGACGAACUGAAAGCAGUCAGUGUCCUGGGGCAGGCUGCCAUAGAUGAGUUCUGUGGAAACCCAGGGGUGCGGGGGGCUGACCCUGGGCCACGCUGACCUUGUCAUGAGCUCAGGGACUGCGCUCACAGCCUUUUUGUGACCAGCGUGAAUUUGUACGUGCGCUUUGCCAUCAGGGGUGGCUUUGAAUCUCAGCUCUGCUGUCCACCCCCGUGUGACUUUGAUGGCCCAGUUUCCUCAUCUGUUGUGUGCCAAUAAUAAUGAUGCCUAAAUGAAAUAAUCACGAGAAAUGCAAAAAAAGAUCGUCCCUGUGAAUGGCUUAGCACAGGGCCUGGAAAAAUCAAAGCCCCCGUAAAUGGGAGAGCUGCUGUCAACAGCGGGCCUGGCAGCACAGUUAGAGCCACUGCGGGCCCCCUGCCCACUGCAGGCUCUCAGAAGACACUGGCUGCACCAGGAGGGCCUGAUGGGCUUGGUGUGACCAAGACAGCCCUAAGGUUCUCCUCGCCUUGACUCGGCUGUCAGCAGGCUCUUUCCUCAUUCUAGGCCUUUGACCUUCCCUUUACAGGCCCCUGAUGCAUUUACUUUAGAAAACUUGCAUUUGUCAAUUCUUUCUCUGCCUCUAUGAGACAGAAAUCUUCUCCCAGCCUCUAACCAGUUGUAUGAAACAGGACUGUCCUCCUCAAGGACCCAGGAGCCAUCUCUUUGAAAUGUCAUCGUCUAGGAAGACAGGGCCUCUGCCUCCUGGUCCCUUUGGCAGGGCAGGCCCCUUGCUCCCUGCACAACUAUCCCCCGGCAAAAGCUAUGAGAAGUUUAUUUCACCUUUGUAGAAAGCCACUUAGCAAACGCAGAUGACCUUGGACCUCCCCCAGCAUCACCCAGGACUUUUCUGGCUCACUAUGGUGUUUAAAAACCCUCCACCCUUUAUUUCCACAGCAUGGAGUUCCGAUUGAGCUUUGGCCUCUUUGCUCUUGCAGUAGCCUUGAGUGAAGUCUUCCCUGCCUGUUUAAUACUGUCUACUGCAGCUUUACUUUGGCGAGUUCCAGCCCCAGAUCUACUCAGAUCUUCUGCAGCUGCAGAAGAUGGUUAUUAGAACAGGGACAGUUGAUCUCAUCUCCUAAUCUCAGCAGGAUAUCAAGAUCAGAAGCCACGUCUGUGCUGGAAGAACUGAUGGGAACUCAGGUGGGAGGGUUUGUACCUGCCUUACCAGCCAGACGGUUAGGGCUGGGGUGCCAAGCGUUCCCAGCCGCUGUCAGCUGGCCUAGCAGAGCCCUGGUGGGAUUUGGGGGUGAGUCUGGGUCUCAGUCAUGACCUCCUCCUCUCUGCAACUUCUUGCUCCUCCCACCUGCGUUCACCUUCUCUCUUGUCUCAACCCCACUCCCUCCCACAGUUGAAGCAGACUGACCCCACCCUCUGAUCUGUCCAAAGUCCAGAAAACACAAAUCCCUCACUAGGGUCCCGCUCUUCCUUCCUUCCCCAUCUAUUCAGAUAAUCCUUGAAAUCCACCCAAAGUGACUGGGAUCACUGGCCAUCAGAGAAAUGCAAAUCCAAAUCACAAUGAGAUACCACCUCACACCAGUUAGAAUGGCAAUCAUUAAAAAGUCAGGAAACAACAGGUGCUGGAGUAGAUGUAGAGAAG